ACAUUGAAGGAUGUAAUGGGGUUCAUGGGCUCAAGUUCCUAGGCCCGGAUUUUUAAAAGAAAUGUUUUAAUGGGUUUAUUUCCGCGAUCCGCUUCUUACGAGUGACUCGGUAUGAGGCGGGUUCACGCCAGGUGUCACGGUUCCAUUGGCGCCGCGUUGUUGACGUCACGACGACGAAAGCGGAGAGAAAUUCAUUUUCUCAUUUUCCAGAAAAGACUAGGGUUUUUCCCCGAGAGGCGAACUGUCGAGCGAUUUUGAUCUUUCUUCACGUUUCUCCACUUUUCUCCAUCGAAUCGACGACGGAGUGUCUCCUCGACGAGAAUAGGUGAGUGUCGAGUUAAUUACCCGUUAGAUCGAAGCGUUUUGAUGUCGAUUAGUGGGGUUCUCAAAUUAGGGUUCAAACUUGAUUUUGGGGGUUUCGCUUCUAGGGUUCCAAAUCGUCAUCUGGGUUACAUUUUGGGUAAGAUCGAACCGUAUAGUUGUCGAUUAGUUGGGUUUUGGAGGUAGGGUUCAAACUCGAGUUUUGGGGGUUUCGAUUCUAUGGUUCCGAAUCGUCAUCUGGGUUUCAUUGUGGGUUAGAUCGAACCGUUUUGUUAUCGAAAAGUGGGUUCCAUUAUGGGUUCCGUUCAUGAUAUAAUUUUGUGAUUUUGUUGUAAGCCGUUUGCUUGACUGGUUCAGAUGGAUCCCGCAGAGGAGAUAAGAGAUACAAAGAGGCAUCAGGAGUACUGCAACAUGUUGGGAUACGUCGCAGAUUCCGAAUAUGGGAUUCCUAGAAGAUGUCCCUGUGGUGGGAGAAUCAUUGACGAGGUUCGGGUGAAGGAGGAGCACGACACUCAUCCUGGGAAGCGCUUCUUCAGCUGCAUAAACUACGAGGUAAGAGAUACUUCAACAGACUCAUAUAUUAGUAUAAAAAUUUAUGUUUAUGUUGUCUGAUGUUUUUUUUUUUGUUGUCCCCAAGGCUGAUGGAUUUCAUUAUCGUCAGCCUUGGGUAAUAGGCGUCCAGGAGGAGAUCGAACGCCUGCGUAAGCGUGUAGAAGAGGCUGAUGAGGUGAUCAAGUUGGUGCCCAAUCUCACCAAACAGAUUGAGAGUGUUGAGGUUAGUGUCGUUUUUUAAGAGUAGCUCAUAGGAAUUAAUACUGGUAAUGUUUGGGUUUUUUUUAAUUCACUAACAAGGUUUCUAUGUUUCCAUGUGCAGGCACAGGUUAAAAGGCUAAGUUUGCUGCUUGAUCACCUCACUGGAGACGUUUAUAACCUCACAGUGCAGAUGGCUAAUCUGGAGAAGGUCUGCUUUGAAUGAAAUUGUUAAGGUCACGGGUUCAACUUCUACUGGCGUGUUUGGUUCUUUCUGCAGGUCACGGGUUGUACUAGCUAGUGGUGUAGUUGUGGUUGUAGUAGGUGUGUUUGUGUCACGGGUGUGAAAGGUCACGGGUUGUACUAGGUAGAGCUGUAGUUGAUGAAUUAUGUUUGUGUCACGGGUGUGAAAGUGUAGUAUUUUGUUGGUUUCUACACUUCACGUGUGUUGUAAAACAAUGACUAUAUAAUCUAUGUCUCAUUUAUGCAUUGCUCUCAAAUAUUGUUCACCUCUUUUUCUCUUAAACUUGUGCUUCUUCAUCGCUUCUCUGCAGAACAAUAAGAACACAACUAUCAUCCUCUAUCUUCUUUAAAUCAUAUAGCACAAAACACUCAAGCCGACGCCACAAAACAGUCAAAACAAAUUUUUUUCUUUAAUAUCCUUUUUUUUUUUAACACUUAGCCAAAUAUUCCUAUUCUAUCUCCACCUUUUUUUAAAACCUUUAAUCAUAUUUUUAAAAUGUCAUCCUCAUCGUCAGAUGGUGUAGAUGAAGCUGUUGAAGAAUGGUUCGAUGAAGAAUUUGAUAAUCUCGUCGACUCCCUAGUUAAUGAUCAAGCAAAAAAACCAAAGAGACGGGCUUACUACGAAAGACAUCGGGAAGAAGGACACAAUCAACUAUGGAAUGACUAUUUCAGGGAACAUGCUACAUACCCACCGGAAAUGUUUAGAAGACGUUUUCGAAUGCACAAGCCAUUGUUCCUUCGCAUUGUGGAUGCUUUAAGAAAUGAAGUUCCAUACUUUCAGCAAAGAAGAAAUGCUCACGGAAGGUACGGCCUAUCUACACUACAAAAGUGUACAGCAGCUAUACGUAUGCUAGCAUAUGGUCAAUCAGGAGAUACGUAUGACGAAUAUCUCCGACUAGGUGAAAGUACUGCACUUUUAUGUUUAGACAAUUUCACUAAUGCGAUAAUACAAUUGUUUGGCGAUGAGUAUCUAAGAAAACCUACAGCUGAUGAUCUUCAACGAUUACUGGAUAUUGGAGAGUUACGCGGGUUCCCAGGAAUGGUUGGCAGCAUCGACUGUAUGCAUUGGGAGUGGAAAAAUUGCCCAACAGCUUGGAGAGGACAGUACACACGUGGUUCAGGAAAGCCGACAAUUAUCUUAGAGGCGGUGGCAUCACAAGAUCUUUGGAUAUGGCACGCAUUUUUCGGACUUCCAGGUACCCUCAACGAUAUUAAUGUUCUUGAUCGGUCACCGGUUUUUGAUGACGUUAUACAAGGUCGAGCUCCUAAAGUCAAUUUCAAAGUCAACAACCACAAUUAUCGUAUGGCGUACUAUCUUAGCGACGGAAUUUAUCCGAAAUGGUCAACAUUUAUCCAAUCAAUCUCACUUCCUCAAACUCCAAAAGCACAGCUAUUUGCUCAACAUCAAGAAGCCGUAAGAAAAGAUGUCGAACGUGCUUUCGGAGUAUUGCAAGCGAGGUUUGCAAUAGUUAAAAACCCAGCAUUACUUUGGGACAAGGAAAAAAUAGGAAGGAUUAUGAGAUGUUGUGUCAUACUGCACAACAUGAUAGUAGAGGACGAACGCGACAGAUUCACUCAGUUUGAUACAGAUGAAUUCGAAUCAGGAGAGUCAAGCAGAAGUUCCCAGGUUGAUGUCGUCUCCUCUACGGAAAGCCUUUCUAAUGUCGGUGAAAUGCGUGGGACUCGCAAUCAAAUUCGGGAUCAACAAAUACAUCAUCGUUUGAAAGCUGAUUUAGUUGAAAAUAUAUGGCAAAAGUUUGGUAAUUUUGAUGAAUAAUCUUUGUAUGUUUAAGAUUUCUCUAUGUAUUAAAUAAUUUUAAACAAAAAAAAAAUAAAAAAUCAUUUAAAUUUCUAAGAACCCCAUGUUCGGGUUCACUAAUGGAAGAAUACAAUCAAUACAAGUUCAUCACUAUUUCUGACCCCACCACAAA